GGAAGAGAGAGAGACUGCCCACUUCCCCCAGAGCUCAGAGGCUCAGAGGCUCGGAGCUCCGUCCCUCCAUCUCCUAAUCAAGUCCGUCCAGAGGCCUCAGAAUCCGCUCACAGUGAUGGAGAGCCUGCUGGAUAAUCCGAUGAAAGCCGUGCUGUACCUGAAGGAGCUCACCACCAUCGUGCAGAACCAGCAGAGCCUGAUCCAGACGCAGCGCCAGCGCAUCGACGAGCUCGAGCGGAAGGUGGAGGACCUGAUCGGGGAGAACCGGCAGCUGCGGGACCCGCACCUGUACGUGCAGCAGCAGCAGCAGCAGCAGCAGCAGCAGCAGCAUCAGCCCCCCCAGCCCGCCCAGCUGCACCUCCAUCACCACCACCACCCACAGACCUCCACCCACCGCAGCGCCGGCCCCCAGGCGCCGGCUCUGCUCCAUCAGCACCCGGGGAGCAGCAGCAGCAGCGGCGGCACCAGCGGGGGCAAAGCCGCGGCGCAGCAUCAGCACCAGAAUCAGCAUCAGCACCAGAAUCAGCAUCAGCAGCAUCAGCCUCCGCCGCCUCAGCAGCAGCAUCAGCAUCAUCAGCAGCAUCAGCAGCAGCAGCAUCAGCAGCCUCCGCCGCAGCUGCAGCCGCAGAUUACGGCGGCUCCACCUCAGCAGCUGCAGCUCGUCCCCACCUCGCCACAGUCGCCCAAAGGCGACCAGAGCGGCUCCGACUCGGCCGAGGAGGACAAGCGCAGCUCCGCCUGCUGCAAGUCGCUGGUCCCGCAGACCCCCGCGGCGCUCUGCCGCUCCGUGCAGGGGCUGGCCCGCAAAGCCGAGAACCAGACGGUCUUGCACCAGUUCUGCUGUCCGGCGCCGGAGGCCCCCGAGGGCGAGACCUCCACGGCCUGUGUCCCCAGCGAUGAACUUUCUCCAGACUCGUCUGUGGGGGAGGAAGGGAAGGGAGGUGAGGGGGAGCCGCAGAGUGAGGCCCAGGCACAGCCGGCACAACCGGAACCGGAGCCCGAACCUGAACCCGAACCCGAACCUGAACCUGAACCAGAGCCGGAACCUCAACAGCAGCAGCAGGAGCAGCAGCUACAGCAGGAAGAAGAGGCUCAGCCUCUGGAACCACAGUCUGAACCGCAGCCUCAAGUCGAACCCCAGUCCGAGCCCGAGCCGCCGUCACCGCCGCCUGAGCCUCAGGCCGAGCCCGAGGUGACCGAGGCGCCGCCACAGUCCCCCAGAACCCCGUCGCCCUGCGCGGAGGAGCACCCAAGGGUGCUGGCGGACAGUCCAAGCCCAGAAGAAACUGUGGAGGCCGAGGAGGCCGAGCAAGAGGAAGAGGAGGAGGUGCAGGAGGAAGCACAUGAGGCAACGCAGGAGGAAGAGGACGAGGAAGGAGCGGGAGCUAAAGGAGGAGGUGCAGGGAGGAGGGCCAGUCUGCACCACACGGCCUCGCCCUUGAGGGUGCAGCGCAACGGGGCCGGCUCGCACUCCGCCACCCCAGACUAUGAACUCUCGCUUGACCUCAAAAAUAAGCAGAUCGAAAUGUUAGAGCACAAAUACGGCGGCCAUCUGAUCUCCCGCCGCGCUGCCUGCAAGAUCCAGACCGCCUUUCGCCAGUACCAGCUCAGCAAAAACUUUGAGAAAAUCCGCAACUCCCUCCUGGAGAGCCGUCUGCCGCGGCGCAUCUCGCUGCGCAAGGUCCGGGUGCAGAACACGGAGGGUUUCUCUGCUGAACGGGCGCUGGCCGAAGGGUGCAGCUUGGCGGGCAUCCCGCUGGUGCGCUCGCCGUCGCUCCCCGCCACGGUCGGCGGCAGCCUGACCGACCUGGAAGACUCCUUCACUGAACAGGUCCAGUCUCUCGCCAAGUCCAUUGACGACGCGCUCAGCAACUGGAGCCUGAAGACCAUGUGUUCGCUGCAAGAAGGCGGCACCUAUCAGUUCACUGCCGACUCUUUCAGCAAGGCGGCGGCAGCGGCGGCGGCUGCAGGAGUCGGUGGGUACGGAGAGGGAGGCGGUCUGGGAGAAUCGACGAUUCCAAAAAGUGUGGUGGACCCAAACGACCUGUCGAAAAGCGCGAGUAAGCUGAUGAUGGCAUUUCGAGAUGUGACGGUAGAGAUUGACAGCCAGAACUUCAGAGUUUCGUCCUCGGUGAUGGAAUCAUCCGCCUCAGUCACUCUCGGCAGCGCCGUCCAACAAGACGCUGCCUCCACCAUCGUCACAACCGCUUCUAUGGCAACAAACUCCACACUAGACUUCCUUCCACCUGCUCUCUCACAAGAACCUCCUCCUCCACCUCCAGAGGCCCCAACCGAACCCAUAGACCCCCCGCCGCCACCCCAAGAGCCGCCACCGCCCCCAGAGUUAGAUAUGGACGUUGGCGAGCAGGAUAUUGAAUUCCCUGCCCCACCUCCGAGCGAAGAGGAGCUAGAGGAGGACGAUCAGCCUCCCUUAACGCCUCUGGAUAAGAUGGCGGCACCUCAAAGCCCGGAGGAGGUGGCGGUGGUUGCCCCGCCGCCGCCACCUCCUCCGGCAAACGAAACCGCUGGAGUUCCUCCGCCGCAGGAGGCCGGACCGCUGGCCAGCUGUCCUGUGGUGGAGCCUCUAGACGUGAAGAGAUGUGGCUCCGAGACGGCGGACAACAGCUCAGAGCAGAUGAGCAGCAGCAGCACGUCGACGGAGGCGCGCUCGACGUCCGAGGCGUCGUCCAAGGAGGCGCUGCAGGCCAUGAUCCUCAGCCUGCCGCGCUACCACUGCGAGAACCCCGCCAGCUGCAAAUCGCCCACGCUGUCCACGGACGUCAUGAGAAAACGCCUGUACCGCAUUGGCCUCAACCUCUUCAAUGUAAACCCCGACAAGGGCCUUCAGUUCCUGAUCUCGCGAGGCUUCAUCCCCGACACGCCCAUCGGCGUCGCCCACUUCCUGCUGCAGAGGAAGGGCCUGAGCCGGCAGAUGAUCGGAGAGUUCCUCGGAAACAGCAAGAAGCCCUUCAACAGGGACGUCCUGGACUGCGUGGUGGACGAGAUGGACUUCUCCGGCAUGGAGCUGGACGAGGCGCUGAGGAAGUUCCAGGCCCACAUCCGCGUCCAGGGAGAAGCCCAGAAGGUGGAGCGUCUCAUCGAGGCCUUCAGCCAACGCUAUUGCAUGUGCAACCCCGACGUGGUGCAGCAGUUCCACAACCCAGACACCAUCUUCAUCCUGGCCUUCGCCAUCAUCCUGCUCAACACCGACAUGUACAGCCCCAACAUCAAGCCCGACCGCAAGAUGCUGCUGGAGGAUUUCAUCCGCAACCUGCGAGGGGUGGACGACGGAGCAGACAUCCCCAGGGACAUGGUGGUGGGAAUCUACGAGAGAAUACAGCAGAGGGAGCUGCGCUCCAACGAGGACCACGUCACCUACGUCUCCAAGGUCGAGCAGUCCAUCGUAGGCAUGAAAACGGUUCUCUCCGUCCCUCACAGAAGACUGGUGUGCUGUAGUCGACUGUUUGAGGUGACGGACGUCAACAAGGCCCAGAAACAGGCAGCACAUCAGAGAGAAGUCUUCCUCUUCAACGAUCUCAUCGUGAUCUUGAAGCUUUGUCCAAAGAAGAAAAGUUCUGCUGCCUACACGUUCUGCAAAGCCAUGGGCCUGCUGGGCAUGCAGUUCCACCUUUUUGAAAACGAAUACUACCCUCACGGCAUCACCAUCCUCUCCCCGUACGGCUCCGACAAGAAGCAGGUUCUCCACUUCUGCGCUCAGAGCGCCGAGGAGCUGCUCAAGUUCCUGGAGGACCUGAAGGAGUCGAUCGCCGAGGUGUCGGAGAUGGAGCAGAUACGGAUCGAGUGGGAGCUGGAGAAGCAGCAGGGCGCCAAGACGCACGCAGUGAAGAGCAACGGCACCCAGCUGGAGCUGCGCGGCAAAGCGGGCUCGCCAUCAGGAAACCAGGAGGUAGAUGACCGAAGCGGACACAACGCAGUGGAGGUGUCAAUUCACAACAGGCUUCAGACGUACCGGCUCAGCAGCAGCAGCAGCAGCUCGGCGCGGAGCCCCGAGAGCGCGGCGGCGUCGGCGGCGCGUCCUAGCGGCCGGGGGGAGCUGCUCUUCCAGCCGGGGCCCCCGGGGGCCCCGUUCCUCCACCACGCCCCCCCCCACGCCGCCAGCAUGGCCGACCUGCGGCCCGAGGCGCUCAUCCAGUGCCAGCAGAUCGUCAAGGUGUUCAUGCUGGACGACGGCGGCUUGGGCGGGGGCCACCGCGGCCUCGGCGGACGCGUGGAGGCCUUCCUGAGCCAGACGGCCCCCCACCCUUACCACCAUCGCCACCGGGGCCCCCACCAGCUCAGCCAGUCCGCCGCCUCCACCCCCGUCCGCUCGCCGGACGCCUUGCACGGCGGCGGCGGCGGCGACGGCUCCCAGCCGCCGCUGCCGCCGCCGCCCCCGCCCUACAACCACCCGCACCAGUACAUCCCCCCGCCGGACCCCCGGCUCAGUCUGCACCGGACCCCCAGCGGCUCCCGGAGCAUGGUGUAAAUAACCCCCGACCCCCCCCUGAGAAAGAAAAAACCCAAAUAUAUAUAUAAAUACGCCGAGUGUAAAUAUAUACAUACAGAUGAAGAGCUAUGAAACACUGCGGCUCCACUUAUAUGCAGAUAUUUAAGGAAAAAUCCAAGAAAAAAAGUUUUAAAAGAAGAGAAAAGGAGAAAACAAAGUGAAUAUACGACGUUUUACUUGAUUCCUCAUGUAUUUUGAAAUAUUAUGUAGUUUUAACAGAUUUCUAUAACUUUUUGUCAGUUUUAACUCAUCAAGAGGGAGAAAAAAACUACAAUUAUGGCUCUUUUUGACCCCAUCGGCCUCAUCCCCGACACUUCAAAUGGAAACGUGUGCCAAAAUAUAUACGCCUCUUACUAAACAAUGACUUCUUUGCACUUGACUGAGCAAAAAAAAGGAAAAAAAUGAAGAAAAAAUAGUCCUUUCAAGCCGAAAAAAUGGAAAAAGGCAGAAGAAAAAGCUAUCUAACCAUUUGCUGAUUUAUUUAUGUGAUGGAGGGUCUUUUUUCUCUUCCUCUUUAUCUCGUCUGGAUUUAAAAAGAACAAAAAAAAAGGUAAAACACCAUCCAGCGAUGAGCUCUUUCCAGCGGCGCCUGUUGUGUUGUGGACUCUCCAUCCUCAGCAUCGUCCAGGCUUUUCCGGACAUUUACCUGCCGACUCCAGAGGAAUUGAAGGUCCAUAUCUUUAAAAAAAAAAAAGGCUCUCAAACCAGAACCAGAACCCGCUUCCACGUGUGAUAGAUGUAGACACACACUGUGCUGCAUUUGCAUUUUGACAAAUGCCUCUUUUGCUUUUCUUUUUUCCUCCAGGAACCCCCCCCCACACACACACUCAAACCUUGCCAUAAAAAAGGCUUUUUCCUGCAGCUGUUUGAUGUUCAGAUGUGUGUUGACUUUAAUUUAAUAAUGUGUGUCCAGCUGCUUGCGUCUCCUCCCUCGUUUGUGUCUCUUCUUGACUGUUUUCCCUCUUCCUCGCCUUUCAGACUGACUUUUAAGAUUAAAACAAAACAAAAAAAACACAAAAGAGUUGCAGCUUGUAUUGCAAACGCUGGUAUUUAUGGUAUUUUUCUGUGCUGCUGGCUCUCUGCUUUACACGAGAAUGGGAGGAAGAGAUGGCAUCGCCUUUGUUUGGUCUCAGCCCGGAUUGUAAAUACCAGGAUGUGGAGGUUUGUUGAUUUAUAACCACGGAGCCGAAGCAGGGAGGUCAUGGCAAGCCCUUUUAACAUUUAAUGGCUAAGUUUGACUAUCCAGAAUUAAGAUUGCAGAUAUCUACAACUGCAUUUUGA